AUGGGCUCCUUCUUCUCGAGCUUAGUGACGCCCCCUCCGGCCGCCGACGACCCGAACUGCGCCGUGGUGGCCGCCCACUCCAAGGCCACCUACGACGAGCAGUGGGCGGCCCACAAGAGCAGCUCCAAGCUGAUGGUGAUCGACUUCUCGGCGUCCUGGUGCGGGCCCUGCCGCUUCAUCGAGCCGGCCUUCAAGGAACUGGCCUCCCGCUUCUCCGACGCCAUCUUCGUCAAGAUCGACGUCGACGAGCUCGCGGAGGUCGCAAGGACAUGGAAGGUAGAGGCGAUGCCAACGUUUGUACUAGUGAAGGAUGGGAAGGAGGUAAGCCGUGUGAUUGGGGCCAAGAAGGACGAGCUUGAGAGGAAGAUACAGAUGUUCACGUCAUCUUCCUCAUCCUAA